GCAUAGGUAGUUACAAUCUAUGAUAUUAAUCCUGCAUGGUAUUUUUAAAGUUUUUGCUCAAACCUACCACACAUCUAACAUAACUCCUCCAUACUGAUCAUUAUUUGUGGUUGUGUUACUUUAUGUGUCAAUUGUCAAGAGAUGUAGGUGCAUGCUCUCAAGUCCGUUAUGGCUGGUUUAUAUGAUUCGUAAGUCCUACAACCAUGGUUUCAAACACGAGAGGUUUUAGCCCAAGCUUUAAUAGGGACUGGGCGUCCGAGGUGUCUGUUUAACUAUAUAUGCCCUUGCCCUUAAUUGGGACCCUAGGAAAACUUUUGUUUUAAAGAGUUUGCCAAGGGCUUAGCGGUCUUGAUAGAUCAUUGGGACCCGAUAUAAGUAAAGAGCGAGUGACAAAUAUCAUUGUUUGAACUCUUACGAAGUAAGAUCCGUUGAAUUCACGGUAUAUGAGAAAUCAGACAUCUUCUAUAGUCAAUAAAUGUCUCGCAUUGUACAAUUGACCCCAAUCAUCCUCCACCACACCACCACGAUUUCAUCUCUUGAAGACCAUCCAUUGGGCUCUUGUCUCUUUACUAGGCCAGUGAGUUUCCUGCUCCUUUGAGUUUUGACCUUACCAUUCACAUUUCGAACAUAAAUAAUUACAUACGGAUCCUUUGGUUGAUGCAGGUACCGCUUGUGGAGAUGGCUAUUCAGUCGGUUCUGAGCGAGAUGAUGUUAGACGUUGUUACUGACUACCUUGGAGAAGAUGGCUCUUGGGACGUGGAUCGGCUGGCCCCCUGGAUACCAGCAGAAGUUCUUCAAAAGAUAACAGCAGUGGUCGUGGACCCUCUCUCCACUAAGAAGGAUAGGAUCUUCUGGACGGGGUCCUCCAACGGCUGUUUCUCAACCAAAACAGCCUACCUGUUGGCGAAUCCGCCCUAGCAUGACGCCCGGCAGCAGGUCUGGAAGAGAAUUUGGCAGCUCCCUGUUCCGGAAAGAGUCUGGUGUUUUGCCUAGCUAGUUUGUUUGGGUAAGAUUGCGACGAAUCAUCUCAUGUUCUCUAGAAGGUGCGCACAGUCCGCCUCCUGCUACCACUGCGAAGGGGUUGCCGAGACGAUUUGUCAUGUCCUCCGGGAUUGCCUGCCUGCCAUUUUCUUUUGGAACAGGCACGUGCCGGGGACUGACCAACAAUCCUUCUUCUCAACAUCUACGGGAGUUUGGUUGCAGGAAAACCUUCUCAAGGAGGAUACCAUGGUGUCAGGUGUAAAUUCAAAUGCUUUCUUCAGCAUAGCGAUCUGGUAUUUGUGGAAGAACAGGUGCACGGGCUGCUUCAAAGGGACUGCUGCUACUCUGACUGCCCCGUCCCUGAGCCACUUGAUUAUGCAUAAGAUCAACCUUUGGCACAAGGCGUGGAGUGCACCAUCAAUCUCACCAGGUAAGCCUAGGAUGAUCUAUGAAGAGAGGACUGAGAGCAUUAGAUGGCUUCCCCCCCCCCCCCCCCCCCCAAGGGGGUGGAUGAAGCUCAAUGUGGAUGGGGCUUCGGCGGGAAAUCCCGGGUGUGCAGGGGCUGGCGGUUUGAUUAGGGAUGAUCAGGGUCGAUGGAUAGCUGGUUUUGUGGCUAAGAUUGGGGAGGCCUCGACGGUUCUAGCCGAGCUGUGGGCUAUUCGACAUGGUUUGGAUAUGGCUUGGCGUCACAGGUGCACGAGCUUGAUUGUCGAGUCGGACUCUCAGAUGGCUAUUCAGCUGAUUAAGGAUCGUCAGAAUCCCAUUCACCCGUACGCUGGCAUUUUAUUGUCGAUACGGCGACGUUUUGCUCAGGAUUGGUUGGUCAAUAUUGUUCACACAUACCGGGAAGGGAAUAGAGCCGCGGACUGGCUCUCGAAGCACAGUCUCGUUUAUCCCUACAGUGUGCGAGAACUUGUUGACCCGCCCAGGGAUUUGUAUCGUGUUUUGCAGGAAGAUAAUCAAGGUAUCUCUUUUGAGCGUCGAGUUGUGGUGCAAAGGGAUAGUUAGCCUUCUUCUUUUCUGUUUUUCUCUUCCCUGAUGUAGCUUUUCUCCUUCUUGGCUUUGGCCUCCCUUAAUGCAAAAAAAAAAGUUGUUUUUUAUCAAAUUUGGAAGGGAAAUCUCGAGCCAAACCUCUAAUUUGCAUUCACAUAUGGAUAUUUCAACCUCAAAAACUAAAAGUGGGUCUAGGCUAACGAGUAUUUGUGAAUUUAUAUACAAAUAAAUUAAUUGAUUUGAAAACAAGCAUACAAUAGAAUUUUGUAUGCUUUUAUUUAUAAUUCCGUAUAAUUUCUUCUCAAUUUUAGUUUUAUCGUUAAUUAUUUUAUCAUCGAUAAGAUUUAUAAAACUUAACAGAUGUACAAUGCCUAAUUAGUUUAGAUCAGAAUUUUGUAGCUGAUCAACGGUUGGCAUAAACCAAACCACAGGUACCUGAUUUGGAUGUCGUAACACUAAAUAUUGUUCUUUUUGUGGAACACUAAACGAUUACCUAUUCAAACCUGAAUUUAUAAAUUUUAAUUGCACCUUCCACUUUAAAUAAAAGCACUUGGUUGGGAGUCAGUAUUGAUGUUUUGGUUGCUACUUAAAAGACAAAAUUUCAUUAAGCAAACAUCACUCCAAUUUCCUUCCAAACUAUAGGCUUAAUGAAAGCAAUAUGAGCUAGUAAAGGUGACUAAUUAUAAUCCCAACUCAACUUGCAUUAAAAAUACAGUCUCUUUCUCGCCUUUUAACCUAUUUUGUGGAGGAACAUCGAAAAGGAAAACACUUGAAUUUUUAAAUACCAACUUUAGAUUAAAUCUAUUGAAUUAUUGACACUCCUUGUUUCCACCACUUAAACACCAUUAGGGGCAACAAUCUCCUCCAAGAUAAUCCACCAAAGAUGCCCUUCCAUUAGCACUAUCACUCCUGUAUUUUUAUAUAAAUCAUCAUCAAAAUCCUCAACUCAACGAUCAUGGUGGGGACAAGAAAGGAUUACAAGGGUAAUUUACUGAUUAGACAUGUGUGUUGUGGGAUUAUUACAAAUGUGAUGCUAAAUUUAAUUUUCGAACUUUUAAGAGUUUAAUUGACUGUGUAGGUUUCGAAAAAUGACCCGAUCAAUACUCAACAUGAACUCAUUAUUGACAUCGAGGCCGACCUUCUUAUUAAUAAUAAACGGAUGUCAAAUCAGUGCAUAUUUAUUGGAGUUGUUGGAAAAUGGACAUCAUUCCUUUAUACGCCCACUUAAAUAAAUCUGAUCAUGAUCUUGAAGUUUGCAUAUAUAUAUAUAUAUAUAUAUGUUAUUGUUAUAUGAUAUCCCACAUUUAAUUCAUUACACACGCAUGUACGGAUAAAGAGUCAAAUCGAAUUUUUUUGGAGCUCUCGUGGGUAUAUAUAGUAAUUUGGAUGAGUACAUGGUUAUUGAGCUAUAAAUACUGGACAAAAGUUUCCUUCCCACGUCAAUAUCCUGUAAAGACAAAAUGACAAAAUACAAAUUAUUAUUUAAAUAAAAAAUACAAAUUAGAGAAACAACAAAAACUAUGACAUAAGCAUAUUGGUGAGUCGAUCAUAUUUAUUUAAAAAAAUUUAAAGUGGCAAGUAACAAAUAAAUAUCUCCAAAUGACGUAAAAAUGACGUCUCCAUUUAUAGAGCUCACUUCAUCUUUUUCAAUUAUCAUUCUACACAACGAUCUUCGUGUACUUCUAACCAACGGGUCGUUUUAUCAUUUAUGUUGUGAAUGAGUGAUUUUGGUGAUGUAAAAAUAAACAAAAAAUGGAUUUACAUAUAAGAAUAAAUUUGUGUUGUGCCC